UCCUGUCAGCUUCCACGAAUCAGGAUAAUAAUUUUGCUCAUAGAUAUGAAUUUGCUACAGUCUAGCGUACAACAGUAGUUUCACACCGCUGUCAACCUAGAUUUUUUUAAGUUUUGGGGGGGUUUUUUUGCGUUUGUCAAAGGCGAAGACAUGAAUUAGCAUUCAGAAGUUAGCUUCAUCUACAAUUGGGGGUGUUGAAGACCUGGUUGAGCAGAGCCAUUGGGCUCAGUAUGUGUGCGUCGGUGAAGUAUAGUGCCAGAGGGCCUGCACUAAUCCCGCGGAUGAAGACCAAACACCGGAUCUACUAUAUAGCACUGUUCUCUGUGGUGCUGCUGGGCCUCAUCGCCACCGGCAUGUUCCAGUUCUGGCCGCACUCCAUCGAGUCGACGGCAGACUGGAGCGUGGAGCGCCGCAGCGUGCAUGACUCGCCCCUGGUGCACCUGCCUGCCUCCAGCCCCAUCCCAGAGCGUGGGGACCUCAGCUGCCGCAUGCACACCUGCUUUGACGUGUACCGCUGCGGCUACAACCCCAAGAACAGGAUCAAGGUGUAUAUCUACCCCCUGCACCGCUAUGUGGAUGAGCUGGGCACUCCUAUCAGCAGCACUGGGCUCUCGCGGGAGUACAACGAGCUGCUGAGCGCCAUCUCCGAUAGCGAGUUCUACACUGACGAUGUGAGCCGAGCCUGCCUCUUCAUCCCCUCCAUCGAUGUCCUGAACCAGAACUCGCUACGCAUCCGUGAGACUGCUCAAGCACUGGCACAGCUGCACAGAUGGGACAGGGGGAUGAACCACCUGUUGUUUAAUAUGUUACCUGGAGGGCCCCCAGAGUAUAACACUGCACUGGAUGUUCCCAGAGACAGGGCUCUGCUGGCUGGGGGAGGGUUCUCAACAUGGACCUAUCGGCAGGGCUAUGAUGUCAGCAUCCCUGUCUACAGCCCCCUAUCUGCCGAAGUGGAGUUACCAAAGAAGCAGCCUGGCCCGCGGCCGUACUUUGUGCUGUCCAGUCAGACUGCGGUUCACAUGGAGUACCGUGCCGAGCUGGAGGCUCUGAAGGCUGAGAACGGGGAGGCAGUUCUGAUCUUGGACAAGUGCACCAACCUGUCUGAGGGGGUCUCCCCCACCAGGAAACGCUGCUACAGGGGCCAGGUCUACGACUAUCCCCAGACACUGCAGGAGUCUACGUUUUGCGUGGUUCUGCGUGGGGCUCGUCUCGGCCAGGCUGUGCUCAGUGAUGUGCUGCAGGCAGGCUGUGUGCCUGUCAUAAUCGCAGACUCAUACAUCUUGCCCUUCUCCGAAGUACUCGACUGGAAAAGGGCGUUGGUGGUGAUUCCUGAAGACAAGCUGUCUGAGAUGUACAGCAUUCUGAAGAGCAUCCCGCAGAGACAGGUGGAGGAGAUGCAGAGACAGGCACACUGGUUGUGGGAGGCCUACUUCAGCUCCAUGAAGGCGAUUGCCUUGGCAACACUUCAGAUCAUUAAUGACCGUAUCUACCCCUAUGCUGCCCGGUCCUACGAGCAGUGGAAUGACCCAUCUGUUGUGAAGUGGUCGAGUGUGAACAGCCCCUUGUUCCUACCCCUGAUCCCUCCUCGUUCCCCCGGCUUUACCGCUGUGGUGCUCACCUACGACCGUGUCGAAAGUCUGUUCCGGGUCAUCACUGAGAUCUCCAAGGUGCCCAGUCUGUCCAAGCUGCUGGUGGUGUGGAACAACCAGAACAAGAGCCCCCCUGAGGAGUCUUUUUGGCCGAAGAUCUCAGUGCCCCUGAAAGUGGUGCGGACGACAGAGAACAAGCUGAGUAAUCGUUUCUUCCCCUAUGAUGAGAUUGAGACGGAGGCUGUGCUGGCCAUCGAUGAUGACAUCAUAAUGCUGACCUCUGACGAGCUGCAGUUUGGCUAUGAGGUGUGGCGGGAGUUUCCCGACAGACUGGUAGGGUAUCCGGGUCGGCUCCACCUCUGGGACCACGAGAUGAGCAAGUGGAAGUACGAGUCAGAAUGGACCAACGAGGUCUCCAUGGUGCUGACUGGAGCAGCUUUUUACCACAAGUACUUUAACUACCUGUACACAUACAAGAUGCCUGGUGAUAUCAAGAACUGGGUGGAUGCCCACAUGAACUGCGAAGACAUUGCUAUGAACUUCCUCGUGGCCAACGUCACUAGCAAAGCCCCUAUUAAGGUGACCCCUCGUAAGAAGUUCAAGUGCCCGGAGUGUACAGCUAUUGAUGGGCUGUCGCUGGACCAGACUCACAUGGUAGAGAGGUCUGAAUGCAUCAACAAGUUUGCUUCUGUGUUCGGGAUGAUGCCUCUGAAAGUGGUGGAACAUCGGGCUGACCCUGUCCUGUACAAGGAUGACUUCCCAGAGAAACUCAAGAGCUUCCCUAACAUUGGCAGUCUCUAACAACACAGGAGAGCGAGCUUCUUCCUUGUCAGAACCCCGGGCCCAAUUCAGACUUCCUGAAGGCGCUACAAAGGUAGCCUGUUGUGUUUUUUGUUUUCAUUCAUGGAAAGGGGGGGGGGGGGUGUAAACCAUACCCCCUUCUGAAGAACCAAUUCCCUAAUGUACUGAUGUAAUGAUAAAUUGACCGAGACCAUUGUGUGGCCUCCAACUAGCCAAGCUGCCAAGAGUUCUAAUUUAGAGGUGAAUUGACUUGCGUGCACUGGUGCUUGAAAACAAAACAAAAAGUUUGAUUGUAAUAUUUCUAUAUUGCGAUGGGACUUCAGUGAUUAUGAGCUGGAGAACCCUGACAGAAGGCCUUUGCAGGUGUGUUGAUAUAGUAGAAAUCUCCCAGAAACGAAAGUGUGCAUUUCAAAACAUCCUUUAUUUAUGAUCAGAGAUUUUCCCCCCUUUAGGUUAGAGAGGUCAGACAGCAGCAGCUCUGCCCUCUAAUGGGUUGGAUAUCUGCUUAUGGCAUGCAGCACCCUAUGCAAUAGUGUGUAUUGUUCUUGCAUUUUUAUAUUUAUCAAAAUUCCCUUUAACACCCUCAGCAUUGAACUGUUUUACUGUUGUAUUGUAACCUGCUUAAUAUCUGCCCUUGAGCUGCAUGAUAAACACUGUAGGAAAAGUUUCUAACUUCUUUUUUAGCACCUGUCUCUCCCCCGUAGACAUUGUGCAUGCCAAGUUGUUGUUUCAGUUGGAAAAAGAGACACUGACCUAAAUUGUAGCUUUGUUCUUAACAACAGCUGUAUUGUUUUAGCAUUAUGAGCUUGAAGAGAUGGGCUGCGCAUGUUGGUAAAGACUAGUUACAAAAUGGUCGGCAUAAUAAGCACGUUGCGGAGGGUGACAAAGUUUACAGAAGAUUGCAGACUGAGUUUGGUGCUAAGUUUAUCCUAUGCGUGUUCCAACGGGAAUUUCUUAUCCAUAUAUAAGGUCAUAUAUAAGGCCAACUCAUGAAAAAACAUCUAGCCGGCCAAGCAGUUUUUUCAGCUGUUACAAUGCGCAAAGUGAAUCAGAACACUAGUUAGAUUAUGGGAUAAGGUAUUUAUAAAAGGUAGGAAAAUAAAUGAGCCAAUAUUCAAGGGGCAUUAAAAUUAGUGUAUAAAAUCUAAAUAGAUUGGAUGCUUUAUUUGGUGCUGCUUUCUAAUGUUUAUUCCCCGAAUGGGGAUAACACAAGUAACAGAGUUUUGGAAGAACUGUGAUGUUUGGACUAUAUCAUGUCUGCUGUUAUCUUUCUAUCAAGCACAUACCAGGUGUGUCUGAGUAACAAAUGACGUGUCUUUUUGAAAACAGCAAGUGGAGCACUCGGCUUUCCUGACGAAGAUUCUAAUGAGAUGGGAAAACCAAACCAAAAACUAACCUACUUUUACAGCAGUAAAUAACUACAUAAAUAAUCAUGCUUGAGGUAUAAAAGAGAUCUGGAGAUACUGAUGGGUUGACAUUUCAAAUAUUCAGUCUUAAGGUUUUUGUAAGUUCAGAUAAUCAACACCUUCUAUACAAUGUGGUUCAUUUUAUUUGUUUUUAAUAUUUCAGUGCCUGUUGGAGUCUUCCAUGUUAAGUGUAACAGUAUGUUGUACGUACAGCCCAUUGUUUUCAAAUUGUUGAAAAUGAAGGUGUAUAGACAUAGUGUAUUCUUAAUGUAUAGAAAAUGUGUUGGUAUUGUAUUAUAUUUGUAUUGUUUUUUUUAUUACUGUUUCAGACCAUGCAAAUAUUAAAUAAUGGUGGUCCAAGCUAAUACAGGUCUGUCUGAAUGUCUGUAUACUUGAUCUUGGGGGUGUUCCGUUGCAUAUUGUUAAUGCAGGGCAGAAUAGAUAGAUAGAUUUAUGUUGAGUAGCAUGAGGAUUGUGGGCAAUUCACUCCUGGAAGCCCUAUUUUGUGACCUGACGCACUGAACUAGUAAUAGCCCUUUUCCAAUCCAUGUAUAAAUGGUGGCAGAUUAGCACCAAGCAUCAUUACCUGGCUAAAAUGAGUACUUACAAGAUUGAACUGACUUGCAUCAUUCCAUGCUCAAAGUGAAUUCUUGCAGAGCUAUUUGUGGGCAUAGCUGUAAUCCCAGUGCCAUCAAGAUAUUAAUACAUUUUUACAACAAAAGAUUAUUUCAUUUAGAGAGGCACUAUUCAUUCGUUGAUGUUUUCUAAUUUUGGCUGGUAUUGUACAAAUGUACAUAGACUUGAGACAGUCUGUGUGUGCAAUAUAGAUAGAUGUUACACUACUAAGAUUUUUUUCUAUUAGCACUGACAAAGCCAAACUUUCCUCCAUUUGUUGAAGGUUUCCUUGAUGUAAUUCAUGCACAGAAUGUAAUAAGAGCUAUAUGGAAAGAUAACCACUGAUAAUUGCACACCUAGCAAGCAAUGCCAUGUAAAUAGGGCAAAGAUCACCAUGCAACCUGUUGGGGGUCUUCUUGCUUCAAGGGUCAGAUAUACUCCACUCCAGUGCGACUUGAAAACUUUGUGAAUCUCUCCCAAAUGUAAAGGAUACACAUUGUUCUACAUAGAUAUGGAUUUGAAAUCCCAGCAUAGAGAGCCUCUGCAUUUGUACAACGUCUUAACCAGACCAAUUAAUGUGAUAAAUGAUAGAUACCAAGAUCUGUCAUAGAAAACGCAGUUUAAGGUAGAGCACUAUGCAUAUGUACUCAACAUGUGGGCACCAUGCAGUACACACUGCGGUGCUUAGUGCUGUCUGCUCUUUCAAAACGUGAGGGUAAGGCGUUAAAGCAAAGCAAGUUCCACUCAAUUCAGGUCCUCCAAAGAUAUUCCAAUCUCCCCGUGUUUCCCCCCCGCCCCCUCGUUUUAACCACAUCAGCUCUCAUCGGACCCUUUGCAAACUGCAGGCAAUUUCCAGCACCGCUGUUCAGUGUCGACUGUCACCUGUUGUUAAUAUUCGCUCUGUAAUCCACCCUGUACAAUGUCAGCAGUUCAAAAGGACACUGUUCGUAUUUUUGUCGACUUCAAUUAGCGUGAGAUUCUCGGAGGCUCCAAUUUCAGUCCCCUUUUUCCAAAGCAAACAGAACCAGAGGGCUUCUUUCCCCGUGACCAUUGACAGAAUUGAGACAGAUAUACAGAUUAUUUUUUAAUUUAUUAGACUGGUACAUUUUAAAAACACUUAAAAAAAAAUAAUAAUAAUAAUAAAAAAUAAAAAAAUCAAAUCUGUAUAUUCUUCUGAAUUGUUAAGGUCAAACCUUUAUUUUAGCUGUAGAAGUGCUAUGCGUUCAUUGGGUUUGUUAAAGGCUGAAUUGUUUUUCACAAGCAUAACUUAAAAAAAAAAAAAAUUGUUGUGCCCACUCUGGGAACUGGCCAAACGUUUAGCAUCGACCUAUUGAAUUAACAAAUGUUCCUUCAUAAAGUCAAAGGAAACCUGCUGAAUAAUAUUACGGUAACAGACAAAAAUUGAAAAAAAAAACUAUUAUGGCUUCCGGUAGACUUUUGCAAUAUCAUUUUGUUGAUUACAUGACGUUUAGUAAAAGAUUGGAAUUGUUUUUAUGUAGUGUGUUAUGUUUUUUUUUUUUUUGUUUGUUUGUUUUUUUUAAUGGUCUCAAUCCUAAAAUUCUUGGUGAUGCAAAACUUUUGGCCAUAGCUUAGAUGAUUUAUAUUAAGAUGUUAAUUUACUGGGGAAAAAAAAAAAACCUAUGUGAGAACUUAAAUUGUAAAGUUAUUCUUGUAGAAUUAUAUUUAUUUGUAGUUUGCAACACAGAUAAUAAAUCAAAGUGAAUUAAAAGCAAUGUAUUGUAAUUAUUUUAUUUAGUACAAAUGACCAUGCUUUAUAGAAAGUACUAGAGAGAGGAGAAGACAACAAUUGGAACAGUGCUAUUGAGAACAGUUUCAACUAGAAAUAUCCUGUAUUAGUCUCAAGAGCGUGCGUUCUUCUGCAUUCUGACCACAGCUGUAAAGAUUUGACCCCAUGUCACUACCAGAAAAACCUUUUGUAAGUGCAAUAACUUACUAGCAAAUCCAAAAAACACAAUACAAUAUAAGAACAUGAAUACAAUGAAAGUAUAACAAUAGGGUUACUUAAAAAGCAGUACAAUUUCGCUUAAAGUCAUUGCAACUUUUUUUUUUUUUUACAUUUUUGAAAUCAUAGAAUGAAACCAAGAUGCAUUUUAUUUCCUUCUAAGCCAGGAAAACAGACUUGGUUUUUCACGGUUAAAAAUACUUUGCAACAAAUUAGAAGAGUUAUAUCUCCAAGGGCCUUUAAACCCGGCAAAUCUCUCAAAUAAAUUUACUUAAAAUCCACACAACCCCACACGAUCGCACACACACACACACACACACACACACACACA